CUGAUUUAGUGUGGCAAAUCUGCAGCAAGGUGACCCGAUUGAGCAACGGUACAAGGAAUACAUGGAGAGGGGUUCCAUGAUCGAUCAAUUUGUUUAUUGCAUAAAUAGUUACAGAGAGGCGGCAAUGUCAAAUGAUCCUAAGUUUGAUCACAUUGAUUUAGCAGAGAAGAAGAAGGUUCUGAACGAGUGUGUCGAAACUGAGGCUUGGUUUAGAGAGAAAAAGCAGCAGCAGGAUGCUCUUCCGAAAUAUGCCAACCCUGUUCUUCUGUCGGCUGAUGUUAGGAAAAAAGCAGAGGCACUUGAUAGGGUUUGUAGGCCUAUAAUGACAAAGCCUAAGCCGGUAAAGCCAGCAACUCCUGAAACACCAUCAUCUCAACCUCCUCAAGGAGGUGAGCAACAACCUCCUCCAGGAGGUGAGCAACAACCUCAGGGUGCAGAAAGUCCGAAUUCAGGAAAUGCAAAUACAGCUGAGGGUGCCAGUGCUGGAAGUGCAGUACCACCUGCUGCUGAGCCAAUGGAUACAGACAAAUCUGAGACCGUGCCAAGUGCUUCAUGAGUUAAGUUGAAAGUUUGAUCUUCAGAUAUUUUAUGAAGGCAAAGACUUGGUUCGAAUUGUAUUGUUUUGCAUUUUAACCAUAUCUUUUUGAAGGAUCUAUACCGAUCAACAUUUUGUCAUUAGAUUGUUGCGAUCAAUUUCGUCCAUCCAUUUGCCCAGUCAAGUUAUAUUAAUGAUACCGACUCUGUAAAAUCCUGCUUUUCAGAGGGUUUUAAAAAAAUUCAAUUGCUGUUGCUUUGUCCCACAUAUCUCUUAGCUAAAUGAGAUUUGCUGAGUCC